UUGAGGAUCAUUUCAAUCCACUUCUUAUCCCACAUCCUUUGAGUCUUUAUGACUCACACUGAGGAACAAUUGUUUAUGUUCUUCUUCACAGUAGAUAACGGGGAGAAGAGCCAUGUAUGCACCAAAUACAGGAAGCAUUUUGGACACAACUGGGGCCUUCGUCAACAGCAGCAAGCCCACAGAGAAGAUGGAGGUUCUGCCAAAGAAAGGCCUGACAAAUGCAGUGUAUGUGGGAGGUGUUUUACCCAAAAUAUGGCACUUGUGCUUCACAAGACACUUGAUGUUGGGAAAAGCCAUCUUAAAGGGAAAGUAUCUGCAAAAUGUGUGGUGAAACACAAGAAAUUUCACACAGGUCAGGAACAAUACAGAUGCCAAGAGUGUGGGAAAUGUUUUGCUUCCAGUUCAGCCUUGGUGAGGCUCAAAAGACUCCACACAGGAGAGAAGCCACACCAAUGCCAGGAGUGUGGGAAAUGUUUUGCUGAAAGUUCAGCCUUGUUGAGCCACAAAAGAGUCCACACCAGGGAGAAGCCAUACAAAUGUGAGGAGUGUGGGAAAUGUUCUGUUUCCCAUUCAGACUUGUUGAAGCACAAAAGACUCGACACAGGAGAGAAGCCAUACCAGUGCCAGGAGUGUGGGAAAUGUUUUACUUGCAGUUCAACCUUGGUGAGCCACAAAAGACUCCACACAGGAGAGAAGCCACACCAAUGCCAGGAGUGUGGGAAAUGUUCUGCUUCCCGUUCAGACUUGUUGAAGCACAAAAGACUCCAUACAGGAGAGAAGCCAUACAAAUGCCAGGAGUGUGGGAAAUGUUUUGCUGAAAGUUCAGCCUUGGUGAGGCACAAAAGACUCCACACAGGAGAGAAGCCAUACCAAUGCCAGGAGUGUGGGACAUGUUUUGCUUGCAGUUCACACUUGGUGAGCCGCAAAAGACUCCACACAGGAGAGAAGCCAUACCAAUGCCAGGAGUGUGGGAAAUGUUUUACUUCCAGUUCAACCUUGGUGAGGCACAAAAGACUCCACACAGGAGAGAAGCCAUACCAAUGCCAGGAGUGUGGGAAAUGUUUUGCUUACAGUUCAGACUUGGUGAGGCACAAAAGACUCCACACAGGAGAGAAGCCAUACCAAUGCCAGGAGUGUGGGAAAUGUUUUGCUGUCAGUUCACACUUGGCGAGGCACAAAAGAGUCCACACCAGGGAGAAGCCAUACCAAUGCCAGGAGUGUGGGAAAUGUUUUGCUUACAGUUCAGACUUGGUGAAACACAAAAGACUCCACACAGGAGAGAAGCCAUACAAAUGCCAGGAGUGUGGGAAAUGUUUUGCUGACAGUUCAAACUUGAUGAGCCACAAAAGACUCCACACAGGAGAGAAGCCAUAUAAAUGCCAUGAAUGUGGAAAAUGUUUUACUCAGAGUUCAGCCCUUAACCAGCACCAGAGAACACAUACCGGCUAAAAAACAGCCAUUGUGUGUAAAUGUCUGAUUUCAAACUUUGAAAAGUUCUGCGUCAGAUUUGGUGGAGUCCCCGUUCUUGUCAUUUGAACCUGUAAGUUGGAGGUCUGUUCUCUGGAGCAGCAGAAAGAAAGCUCUGUGUGACAGUCCUUCAGAGCAGUGGUUCUCAACCUGUGGGUCCACAGAUGUUUUGGCCUUCAACUCCCAUAAAUCCUAACAGCUGGUAAACUGGCUGGGAUUUCUGGGAGUUGUAGGCCAAAACACCCGGGGACCCACAGGUUGAGGACCACUGCUUCAGUGUCAGUUCCUGGCAGGUGUAGGAGACAAAGAUAGGCUCACACAGCUUGUAGCUAUGGAAAACUUUAUUGAAUCCGCCUUGCCAAAAUGGCCGCAAAGCUUCUACUGCCCGUCUUCCGCUCUUUCCCCUCAGUAUAUUGGGUGGUUGCUUCCCUCCUCCCUUCACGUCUCUUCUUCUCCAUUCACACCUCCCUUUCCUUUUGUCCUUUCCCACGUUUGAAGACCAGACCCUGUCAUAAACCAGCCUUCCCAGCCAAAUGGUCUUCUUUAUCCGAUUUGUUGUAGUCAGGUGUGAAAAGGACAGCUUGGAGAAUGCUGAUCUUUUUGCAUCCUGACAUUCAGAGAGUUAAAUAUUAAGUUAAGUCUUGUCACCUCGUCUGAAAAGAAAUAAACCAUAAGUGAUUCCAUCACUUGUUCCUCUGGUCUUAGUUUCCAGCUCCAUUUCCACCUUGGUUUAAAUGUCCAGUUUGUGAACGUUGUGCCCCUACAGACACAUCCUCUGUUUUCCUCUUUAGUCAGGACUGGUCAGCUUGAAUAUUGUAAAUGGCCGUUAUGGGAGGGAUCCAGAGUUAGCCCCUUCCCUUUCAGACAGUGGCUCUCAACCAGUGGUCCACGGACUACCAGUGGUUCGCAAGAACUAAAAUACGGUCUGGCUUCUAACCUUCCCUUCCUUUGCUUUCUUUUUUCUAGCCCUUCCUUCCCCUUUCUUCCUUCUUUCCUUCUAUCCUUGUCUUCUUGUCCCUUCCUUUGCCUUUUCUCUUGCCCUUCAUUCCUUCCUUUUUCUCUUCCCUCCCUUUUCUCCCCUUUGCCUUUUCUCUUGCACUUCUUUCCUUUUUUUCUUCCCUUCACUUUCCUUCCUUUUCCUUCUUUUCUCUUGCCCUUCCUUCCUUUUUCUCUUCUCUCCUCUUCCCUUCCUUUGCCUUCUUUUCUCUUGCCUUCUUUCCUUGCUUUUUCUUGCUCUUCGCUUGCCUUCCCUUCCUUUGCCUAUCAUAUGUUAUGGACUGGAGUAGAGUACAAUAUAUGUCUCAUUUGAUGCCUUAUGAACUUGAAUGCAAACUAUAAUUGUUUUUAUUAAUCUGUUUAUCCUAUUAUAUUAUAUUAUUGAUGUACUCUGAUUGUUGUUUAUGUGAGUUUAAUAUGUCGUAAGCCUCUUUGGGUCCAGUGAGGGAGAAAAGCAGGAUAUAAAUAAAGAUUCAUCAUCAUCAUCAUCA